ACGACGGUGUCCUUACAACUUUUCAAGUGUAAAUAUUUCGGACCAACCCAGUACUAGAUACUAUAGGAAAAUUAAGAUUUUUUUGAAUAUUUGUCCAAGAUUUACAGAUAUCGGGAUACUUAAUAAACAAUCGACACAUACUCACUUCUAAGACCAACAUCUUUGUACCUUGGAUACCUCCGCUGUUUAAUGGGGCAAAGAAAGAUCUCCUGGGAACCCUUUGUUUAUGGAGGACUUGCAUCAGUAACAGCUGAAUGUGGGACAUUUCCAAUUGACACAACAAAAACUCGUCUGCAAAUUCAAGGUCAGCGUAUUGAUGCCAAGCUGUCACAAGUGAAGUACAAUGGAAUGAUACAUGCUCUUUUAAGAAUAUUUAAAGAGGAGGGUCUUACAGCAUUAUACUCGGGUAUAGCACCAGCACUACUGCGACAGGCGAGUUAUGGCACAGUGAAAAUUGGUGUCUACCAUUACAUGAACCGCAUGUUUGCCGAAAAUGAGCAAGAGGAAUCGUUACCAGUGAAUGUGUUCUGCGGGAUUGUUGCAGGGAUUGUGUCCAGCUCAUUUGCCAACCCGACAGAUGUGCUCAAAGUGCGUAUGCAGGCGCGAUCCUCCCUGAGUGGUAAGGAGACAAUGGUACGGGCAUUCCAUGACAUCUUCAGACAGGAGGGAGUCAGGGGACUAUGGAGGGGUGUAGGUCCAACUGCCCAGAGAGCUGCAAUAGUGGUGGGUGUGGAACUGCCAGCGUACGACAUGAUCAAGAAGUACAUCAUAAACCACCAUAUCAUGGGAGACACGAAAGAAACACACUUUGUGUCGAGUUUCACAGCUGGCCUUGCUGGUGCAAUAGCUUCAACUCCUGUUGAUGUUGUCAAGACGCGGCUAAUGAAUCAGCGGAACCUCAAGUCGUCAGUUGUGAUCGCAGAGGGAGGGGCUAUGCCAGCCAUAUAUACGUCAUCCAUGGACUGCCUUCUCACUACCGUGAAGACUGAAGGUGUCACAGCCCUGUAUAAAGGCUUCAUUCCAAACUGGCUGAGACUUGGGCCUUGGAACAUCAUUUUCUUCAUGACAUACGAACAGCUGAAGAAAAUGGGCUGCUGAACGAUCUGUUCCAUCAAAUACUCACUGUGCAUCCUGUUUGAUCAGGCCGACUGGUCGAUUUGCAAGCUCUAAAUCAGAUGUAGGGAAUUCCAAGGAUCCAUAACAAACUUUGGGCACCAUUUCAGAUACAGGCAACUUUUGCUUACUUUGGAGUCCCACAUGUGCAAGUCUUUUCAUAUUAUAUAUGGUAAGAUGGUGGUUCCAGGUCAGUUGAGAUAACUGGACCCUUGAUUGAUGAAGCAGAACUGAGAAUUUGUUCCUAGAAUUUUCAGAGGUUUCGAAUGAAAUUAAAAAAACAAUUGCAGGUUUGAUAAUGCUUCAUUCAGGUAUUGAAAUAUAAUCAAUUUGAAAUUGAAAGAUUGUAAUUGUUAUGUAAAGGAAAGUUUGAGGGCUUUAGGACAUAUAAAAUCAAUAUAUAAUCAAUUCCAGCUGACAGUUUACAAUAACAAUUGUGUAGACAAGUGAAGCCUCGUCAUUUUACAUGUCAUCUAGACAAGAGAAGCCUCAUCAUUUUGCAUGUCAUCUAGACAAGUGAAGCCUCGUCAUAUUACAUGUCAUCUAGACAAGUGAAGCCUCGUCAUAUUACAUGUCAUCUAGACAAGUGAAGCCUUGUCAUAUUACAUGUUAUCUAGACAAGUGAAGCCUCGUCAUAUUACAUGUUAUCUAGACAAGUGAAGCCUUGUCAUAUUACAUGUUAUCUAGACAAGUGAAGCCUCGUCAUCAAAUGAUUGUGCAAUGAGAAUGUUUGGUGUGUGUUUUAUGAUCUGUCUGAUUUUAUUGAUAUACCGUAAAUGACUGGGUAUUAGACGCAUUUUUUCCCCUCAGAUUUUGAUGUUAAAAAAUGCCUGCAUAUGAUACCCAGUAACAAGCUUUUGAACUUUUUUCUGAGGUCGAUUUCAGGCCGAGAGUUUGUUUAGAUUUAUGUAGAAAGGGAAGUUACUCGCGUCAUAUCGAUUGAGUUUAUAUGGGAUAAAACGGCAGUUGAAGAUCGGGAUACGGUAUAUCGCAAGAUGUUUAUGAUUUAAAAAAAAAUAUUGCACGAUUUUAAAUCAUUAAAAUUAUUCAAUAUUAAUUUGAAUAAAACAAUAAUUAAACAUCCAUUUUCACGUCAAUUUUUUUUUUCGUCACUGUCAACAAACAUGGUGGCCAAGAUUGGCAGACGAUUUUGACAUCUUUUCUAUGGGUCCUUAUACCCAGUCAUUUACGGUACAUGUAUAUAAUGGGUAAAUGCCAUCUUUUUAUAUAAAAUGCGCUUUUAGUUGACUGUCCAAACACAUUGGACUGUUUAAAGUAUUUCUUGCAAGCACCAUGAUUGGAAAUCCACAGCUACAUGUUUACUGGAAUGUUGUUGCACAAUUUGGAAUGAAAUCUCAUUCUGUAAUAUAUCACGACUGUGAAAGGUGACUUCUGGGCAUAUUACAAUUUAGAAUAAACAAUAACUCCAAUGGUUGAUAACAACCUUUUAAACAGUAUAUUUAACAGUACAUACCAGAUUUCAUCUACCAGCCUAUGAUUUGUGAUCAAUCCAUGUUAUUUGCAAUCUGUUAUAAUGUCUGUUCAUAUGUUUUAUUAUUUGUAAAUAACUUGUACAAAGUAAUUUAUUGUUAUGUCUCAGUUGACUGUUUUUUUUAAAACCUCUUUGUAGAAGGGUGGUAUAAAUAUCUGCCUCUCAAGGAAGAGGUCGUGGCUUCAAUCCCCAUUUGGGGUGCAUUCUUCUGGCCUUUCAAAAAGGUCACUGGUACUGGUCUCCAGUUCUAGCUGUCUUCAUAUUCAAACUUAAAUGAAUGAGGUUGGAAAAAAGAAUCAAGUCACUUGGGAAACACAUCAUUUGAUAUCCAGGUAUCUUUUAUUUAUUUAAAGACAACUGAAUGUUUAACUUCAAAGGAACAUUACAUCUAUUUAUUUAACGACAACCAAGCUUACCAGAAUUGCUUUUUGUCAUUCUGUAAUUCAUAGUGAUUCAUAUGCAGAAAUGUUGGUGUUUUAUUCAUACUCUUACUGAUUAAUUCAAGGUUUAUAUUAAAGGUUUCAUUUUUUUAUCAUAAGUUUAUACAUUACUCUUGGUGUGUUGCAAAACUAAGGAUUUUCUUCAACCAUUUUCAGUAAACAUUUUCCGUUAAGAAUGGCUUCUGAGAAGCCCAUUUUUUUUAAGAAAUGCUUUUCAAGAAGUUUUAAGACUUUUUGUUGGUUCAGAUUUGUAAACAUAGAUGAUAAAUAGUAUAUUUGUGCUAUUUAAAAUAGUUGAGAGACAAAAUGUUACUUUUAAGCUCACCUGAGCACGAAGUGCUAAAGGUGAGCUAUUGUGAUCGCCCUGUGUCCGUCGUCAACAAUUUGACUGUUAACACUCUAGAGGGCACAAUUUGGGCACAAUCUAAAUGAAACUUGGUCAGAAUGUUACCCUCAAUAAAAUCUUGGAUGAGUUCGAUAUUGGGUCAUCUGGGGUUAAAAACUAGGUCACCAGGUCAUAUUAAAGGAAAAGCUUGUUAACACUAUAGAGGUCACAUUUAUGACUGUAUCUACAGGAAACUUGGUCAGAAUGUUAAUAUUAAUAAUCUCUAGGUCAAGUUUGAAUCUGGGUCAUGUGCGGUCAAAAACUAGGUCACCAAGUCAAAUUGAAGGAAAAGCUUGUUAACACUCAAGAGGACACAUUUAUGACUGUAUCCUCAUGAAAGUUGGUCAGAAUGUUUAUAUUAAUAAUCUUUAAGUUGAGUUUAAAUCUGGGCCAUGUGCAGUCAAAAACUAGGUCACCAGGUCAAAUCAUGGGAAAAGCUUGUUAGCACUCUAGAGGUCACAUUUAUGACUAUAUGUUCAUGAAACUUAGUCAGAAUGUAUAUAUUGAUUAGCUCUAGGCCAAGUUCGAAUCUUGGUCAUGUGCGGUCAAAAACUAGGUCACCAGGUCAAAUUUUAAGGAAAAGCUUGUUAACAAUCUAGAGGUCACAUUUAUAAAUGUUUCUUCAUGAAAGUUGGUCAGAAUGUUUAUAUUAAUAAUCUCCAAGUCAAGCAUGAAUCCGGGUCAUGUGUGGUUAAAAACUAGGUCAUUAGGUCAAAUCAUAGGAAAAGCUUUUUAGCACUAUAGGUCACAUUUAUGACCAUAUGUUCAUGGAACUUGAUCAGAAUGUUAUUCUUAAUGAUCUCAAGAUAGUCCUAAAUUUGUUUUCGUUAAGUCCCCUCUCGUUGCACUUUCCAUCGCCCUGAAAAACACUUAUUCUUUCCCAAGUCACAAUUGCCCUCGCCCUGAAAAAACUUAUUUCACACUUGAAUUGGAUCAGGUGAGCGAUACAGGGCCUUCAGGGCCCUCUUGUUUAUAGACAGCAUGUAGAUGCUUUGUAAAUUUAUUGCUCAAAACCUAUGACAAAAUAAAUUUAAAAAACUCAUAAA